CAAAGAAUAAUAAAAUAAAAACAGGAUCCUCCCUUCGCCAUUCUUUCAGAACGCCAUGGCUUCUUAUCCUCUUCGUCCCCAACGACUGUGUCAAUUGCUACUACUACUCCUAUGGCCUCUGUUCAUCUCUGCUUCCAUUGUUACUCAUCUUCCUGGUUUUCAUGGUCCACUUCCCUUUCACCUUGAGACUGGGUAUGUUGGUGUGGAUGAAGUGCAGUUCUUUUAUUACUUCAUAGAGUCUGAGGGAAAUCCAGCUGAGGACCCUCUUCUUCUUUGGCUCACUGGUGGCCCUGGUUGCUCUUCUUUCUGCGCCCUUGCCUUUCAAAAUGGACCUCUGAAGUUCAGGAGUGUGAAGUAUAAUGGUAGCUUGCCAACACUUGUGUAUCAUCCUUUUUCUUGGACUAAGGCCUCAAAUAUGAUCUUCUUAGAUUCUCCUGUUGGAACUGGAUUCUCAUUUUCAAAUACUCCAGAGACAUAUGUUGAUGGUGAUGUCACUUCAUCCUUGAGAGUUCACAAGUUUAUCAGAAAGUGGCUGAUUGAUCACCCAAAAUUCCUAUCCAAUCCUCUGUAUGUUGCCGGUGAUUCAUAUGCUGCCAAGGUUGUUCCAUUCAUCACUCACCUGAUAUCACAAGGUAUUGAAUCUGGGCCUCAGCCUCUUCUGAAUCUAAAGGGAUAUAUGAUUGGAAACCCAAUUACCGGGGAAGUCAUCGAUACGAAUGCUCGGGUUCCAUAUGCUCAUAAUAUGGGCAUCAUUUCUGAUGAGCUUUACAAGUCCACAACUAUUCUUUGUAAAGGAGAGAAUCAUAGAAAACCUACCAAGGCUCAGUGUGCUAAGAAGCUUCAAGUAGUUAACAAGUACUUUGAUGAAAUCAAUGAGUCUCACAUUUUGGAGCCAAAGUGUCCGGAAACAUCACCGAAGCCAAAGAAUUUGAGCGGAGAAAGGCGAUUUCUCAAGGAUAAGUACAAAAUGUUUAAUGUGCCACCAAUUGUUCCUCCUCCCAAAUGCAGAUCAUAUACUUACUAUUUAUCCUACAUUUGGGCAAACGAGGAUGUUGUGAGAGAUGCUCUCCACAUCCAAAAGGGAACUGUCACGGAGUGGAUCAGAUGCAGUUUUACUUUGCAGUAUGCACUUGAUCCUUCGAGCAGUGUAAAAUACCAGCACAAGCUCACAAGUGGAGGUUAUCGAGCUCUUAUUUACAGUGGGGACCAUGAUCUGGUGGUACCACAUAUAGGAACUCAGACAUGGAUAAGAUCUCUAAACUACUCCAUCAUCGAUGACUGGAGAUCUUGGUUCUCAGCUGGGCAAGUAGCAGGAUACACAAGAACAUAUGCCAACAAUCUUACAUUUGCUACUUUAAAGGGUGCUGGUCACACAGGUCCGGAGUACAAGCCAAGGGAAAGUCUAGCUAUGGUUAAGAGAUGGCUUUCAAAUCAACCGCUUUAAAUUUUUAUGGCAUAUAUUUUUUUUUAUCAAAUAAGAUCCAAUUAUUAUGUUAGUUUCUGUGUGGUUAUAAUAUGGACAUGAGUUCUCUAAACAAUUUGUAUUUGUAAAUUCAUGAUCUUUCAAUUCUGAAA